UUAUGCGCAGCGCGGUUGUGGCGUGUUAUAUUUUUUUAUUUAUUUUUUUCGUACCUGUAAAUACACAUAAAUGUGCAUAAUUGGGAUAGUGUGAAAUUGUGUUUGCAUUGAAAAAAAUUGGUAAAUCGAACCAUACGUGCAGCAGGAACAGCAAGAACGCCACCAUCGCCUACCGAACGAAAGAAGUCUCGAGGAAAAUCGCAAAAAGUUGCAGCAACAGCAACAACGUGCGUGCGUGUGUGUAGAAAAAAAGCAUUAAAAGGCGAAGCUGAGGAAGCAGCAGAAACGAAACGAAUGUAGAAAAGCCAAACGAAACGAUAGAACGCAAGGUGGAAUCAAAAAGCGAAGGCAUAAAAAAGUGAGCAAAAAAAAGAACAGGAGUAGCUCAGGAAGGGAAGAAAAAGAAAAGUUUGCGACAGUGGCUGUGGCUGCAAGAAAAACUGACUUCAGGGAAAGUCAACGUCGUCGUCGACAGCAGCAGCAGCGGCGGCAUCGGCCUUACACACACACACACACGCACACAGAGAAAGAAACACACACAUGCUGCUGCUUCUUGUUAUUGUUGUAGCGUGUUCAUAAAUAUUAACUGCAUUUAAAUCAUAAACAUAAUCGUGUAACAACAAUAGUAGCAACAGCAGCAGCAACAACUACAAAAGGCGAAUAGCAACGAAAAUAACGUUUUGUAAGAGCGCAUUUGAUAUUCGCGUAGAUAGCAACAAAAGCGGCAACGACACCAACACCUAUAAGUUGUUCUGUGUGUGUGUGUGUGUAAAAGCGCGCCUGAUAAGAGUCGGUGGCGGCAGCACCAGCAGCAACAACAACAAUAGCGGAGUGGCAGCAGAUUUAAAAGCCGCAUCUGACUAAACCAUCUGACUCCCGACUCUGACCCACAAACAAAUGGCAGCGUUUAUCAGUGAAAUAUCGUCGUCAGCUGGGAAAGUCAAUAGCAAACCAACAGCAAAAUAGUUUAUUUCGUCAUCGUCAUCGUCGUCAACAUCAUCAACCGUCGCUGUGUCGUCAUCGUUGCAGUCGCAGUCGCAGUUGUCGCCCCUCUUUUGUUGGCCAAAAAAUUGUGCGUUGUGCCUGUCGUCUUCUGGGUGUACGUGUGUGUGUUUAUGCAUGUGCGUGUGUGUGUGUGAGCAGAAAUCGCGUCGCGCGGCAUGCGAAUUAUCAAGAUGUGCUUAUAACGUCUAAUUUGCCCCCACAAUUCCCAUAAUCGCAACAACAACAGCAACAGCAACAAGAGGAACAGCAACAAAACAAACGAUAGCAACAGCAGCACCAGCGACAACAACUACACUGCAAUAAUAAUAACAACAACAACAACAUCAUCAUCAGCAGCAAUAUCAACAUCAAACGUUGCCAAAUUAUAGUGAGCUGGAAAAAUCAACUUGUCGGUUUUUUGACCCCUCCCCCUAUCUGUAAAACGUAGCCCCUCGAUCCUAUUUCACGCGUCGCCGCGCCGUCUUUGUCGCUAUCUCGCCAUCUUGCUUGCUCGCAUUUUGCACUUUUGGCCACAGACCAUAGGCAGCCAACUGUAACGCUUCAAUCAAGUCCAAAACCAGACAUAGACGUAGUCGCAGACACACGCAUAACGCAUUCAUUGCCAACACGCACGGUCGUCGACACCGCAACAGCAACAAUAACAACAACAUCAGCAACAAUCACUCGACUGCAACAACAGCAGCAGCAGCAGCACCAACAACAACAACAAACACAAUAACAGCAGCAGCAACAACAAAAUGCCCAAAUGCGAUGUGAAGACCCGCUACAUUCCUGCGACGUUCGCUUGGAUUGUGCUGCUCCUAACCACAUUUCUAUUCUUCUUUUAUCCCUGUCAAUAUUAUGUUAGAAGCCAUCCAUGGGUGCUGGCGUACGAGGGGGUCAUCACCUUCUUCGUCUUAGCUAAUUUCACAUUAGCCACAUUUAUGGAUCCGGGGAUAAUACCCAAAGACUGCGAGGAGGAGUUCCGAGCGCCACUCUACAAGAAUGCCGAGAUCAAUGGCAUCACCGUCAAGAUGAAGUGGUGCGUCACCUGCAAAUUCUAUCGUCCACCCCGCUGUUCGCACUGUUCCGUUUGCAAUCACUGCAUCGAGACGUUCGAUCAUCACUGUCCGUGGGUCAAUAAUUGCAUUGGACGGCGGAAUUAUCGCUUUUUCUUCUUCUUUCUCGUCUCACUGUCGAUACACAUGCUAAGCAUUUUCUCGCUGUGCUUGUUCUACGUCCUCAAGAUAAUGCCCAACAUCAAGCAGACGGCGCCUAUUGUAGCUAUGAUACUAAUGGGGCUCGUCACCGUCCUGGCGAUACCCAUAUUCGGUCUCACCGGCUUCCACAUGGUGCUAGUGUCCCGUGGUCGGACCACAAACGAGCAGGUGACGGGCAAGUUCAAGGGCGGCUACAAUCCGUUCUCGCGCGGCUGCUGGCACAAUUGCUGUUACACGCAAUUCGGACCGCAGUACCCGAGCUUGUUGAAGCCAAAGAAGUAUGCAUCGCGACGUUCACAAACACAAAAUCCAGCAAUCAGUACCAUAUGCAACGAUCGGACCAAUCAGCAAAACAAUACCGGAGGCAAUGGCAGUGCACCGGGGGGCGCUAUGCGCGGCACAUCGGUACAAUAUUCACCUCGCUCCUAUUACGAAUCGAAUCGGGAGAAGCGUGGAAUACAGGUAAAGACUUAUAUGGCCGAGGGCAAUGGUUAUAAUCAGCGGUCGGGCAGCACAACGCUUUAUAGUAAGCUCUCGCCCGGCCGCGAAUGCUCCGACACAGAUAUGGAGCCACCACCCGCCUCCCAGAGCCAGGACUGCGAGCCCACGCCGCCCCUGCAGCGCCACAACUCGACGAACUUCUAUCUACCGCAGGUGGAGAACUCUGUGGUGGGCCUCAAUAACGGGAACAUAGCGAGCGGAGCGCCCCCCACUGCCCAACAGGGCGGUGGCAGCGGAGGAGAUUCCCCGCGACAUCUGAGAAUGUAUCAUCCGCGACACAGUCCGCAUGCGCGACCACGCGGCCUGGAUCCACAACGCAAUUACACGAGCGACGCCCUCUCGCCGGAACAUCCCGGCGGCUAUGCCAACAGUCAGGGCAUAUCAUCAGCACAAAAUCAGCGAAGUGGGACCACAACAGCCACGCCCACCAUGCAACAACGAAUCAAGCCCCUUGGCGUUGCCACACCAUUGGUCAUGGCUAGUCCAGUGAGAAGGUCGAACCCGGGCACGCCCACGCAACCCCGACGACCCGACUUCAUCGGACUCAAUGCCCAGGCAGUGCAGCAGCAGCAGCAACAACAACAACAACAGCAGCAACAACAGGCAGCGGCAGCCGCUGCCGCCGCCUAUUACGAAUACACGAGCGGACUGCCGCCCCAGCACCCUCAGGCCCCGACUAUCCAGCAGCAGCAGCAGCUUCUACUCCAGCAGCAGCGCGUCAUGCUGCAACACCAGCAACAACAGCAACAAGUGGCCGCCUUGCAACAGCAGUCGCACUCGCAGCACGCGGCGUUGGCGCAGAAUGCGUAUGGGGGCAGUCCCCAGCGGCGAUUCCUCUCCGAGGGGGAGCUGGUCAGGCAGGGAGCCGGCGGCAAUGAGCUUUCGUAUGCGCGCUCCAACAACACGGUGGACAACAUACGGGAGCUGGCGGGCAGUCCGCAGCGAGGCGUCUACAUGUGGAAGGACACGUCGCCGGGCUUCGGCAGCGCCGGCGGUGUUGGUGGUGUUGGCGGCGUUAGCGGCGUCGGCGGAGCACCGACGGUGGUCAGUCUUGGCAGCAGUGCUGGCACACUGCCAAGCAGCAAUACGCCCGGUGGUGGCGUCAUGCAGCAGCACGCCCAGUACAUCACGGCCGGAGGUGGUGGGGCGCAUCCGCUCAUCAUGACGCACUCCCGCCUGCAGGACUAUGCGGCCCAGCAGCAACAACAGCAGCAGGCGGUGGCAGCCGCUGCAGCGGCUGUGGCAGCAGCUUCCUCAUAUCAUCGCUCCAACCCCACAAGUCCCACCACCAUGCCACAGACCUCGGCUGCUCAGACCUACAUACUGCGCUAUGGAGGCGGCGGCGGCGGCGGAGGCGUCGCCACUGGCCUGCCGGGCAUGGCCACUGCAAGCGGCAGCAGCGGCAACAUUGCCGGCAACAGCAGCUGUGGCAGCAUCAGCAUGCCAGUGGUGAGCAAUGCCGGCGGCUAUCAGCCCCAGCUGCGUGGCGGAGUCGCUGUCUUUCCGCCCAACCCCCUUGCCGGCGUCAAUGUGAGCAGCGCGGCCGGCACGCUGCAGCCACAGCCGUCGCCACAAAUCAAGCGCAAGCAGACGCCCACACGGCCCAUGAGCUUUGUGCGGGCCCUCGAGAUGACCGACUCCAUGGAGAUGCAGACGAUGGAGCAACAGCAACAGCAGCAGGUUGGACGCAACAACGGCGGUCUUCCCAGCGGGGUGCCAACCAGUGUGGUGGCACAGAACGCUGCAGCGGCAGCGGCGGCGGCAGCAGCAGCCGCCGCUAGCCAAAGCAACUCGAACGCCUCCAACUCAGCGACGCCGGAUCGCGCCAGUAUCUACGACAUGAACUACGAGAUCUCCGUAUAACCCGUGGUUGUGCCUGUUCUCCUCAUGCCACCCGC